CCGCGCCGUGGCUCCUCCGCCCGGGGCGGUGCGGUGCGGUGCCUGCGUCCGGCGCUGUGGAGAAAAGUGGGCUGGGGGCGAGGAAAGGCGGGAAGGGGAGAGGAGGGGGACACACGACGCCGUGAAUACCAGGGUAAACCCCUCCCACCCUCGCUGGGAGGGAGAGGACUCAGCCCCGGGGCUAGACCGACCCAGCCACCGCCCCCCGCCCCGCCCGGAGGUGAAGCGCUGGCCGAUCGCCUCCUCCCGGCGCCGGGGGGAGGAGGAAGGGGAAGGAGCAAGUCCGGGGAGCGGCGGCCGGCGCGGAGCUCGGCCCGGCGGCGGGGCGAGGGGAGGGAAGGGGAGGAGAAGGGGAGCCCCCCGCGGCCCUUCCCCGGCGGGAGGGUCCCGGCGGCGGCGGGGGGGGCGGUGCCAGCGAGGCGGGGCGGCGGCUGGAUCCUGCCCUGGGACGCCGGAGCCGGAGAAGUUGCGGCGGGGCGGCGGCCGCCCCUGUCGUCUCUCCCCGAUGUUCGUGUGACUCGGCGGCGGCGAGGAGGAGGGAGGGGGGGGAAAGAACCUCCCGCCUCAGCCCCGCUCCGGCUGGUUGUUGUGCGUGAGAGACAGACAGGCACACACACACCGCUCCCCCCGUCCCGCCCCUGCCCUCGCCCCGCAGCCCCGGGAGGCCGGAGCGGGCGCGGUGCUGCCGCCGCGUCUCGGGGCUCCCUCGGCCCGGCCCGGGCGCCGCCGCUGCCGGAGGAGGAGGAGAAGGACUGCCCCGGCGGGCAGGCGGCCCAGCCAUGAGCGGCGGGGAGGUGGUCUGCUCGGGCUGGCUCCGAAAGUCACCACCGGAGAAGAAGUUGAAACGCUACGCAUGGAAGAGGAGAUGGUUUGUGCUUCGCAGUGGCCGUUUAACGGGGGAUCCAGAUGUAUUGGAAUACUACAAAAAUGACCAUGCCAAGAAGCCUAUCCGUAUUAUUGACUUAAAUUUGUGUCAACAAGUGGAUGCUGGAUUGACGUUCAACAAGAAAGAGUUUGAAAACAGUUAUAUUUUUGAUAUCAACACUAUAGACAGAGUUUUCUAUUUGGUAGCAGACAGCGAGGAGGAGAUGAAUAAGUGGGUUCGAUGUAUCUGUGAUAUCUGUGGGUUCAACCCUACAGAUGAAGACGCUGUGAAGCCACCAGUCAGUUCUUUACAACCAUCUGCUGAGUUACCCUUGCCCAUCAACACUUCACCGCCUUCCAUGCAAGCAGAAUCUUCCCUACCUCCUCCUUAUCAGCUUAUUAACAUCCCCCCACUGGAGUCUUCCUCUGGUCAAGAAGAUCCUCAAGAUUACCUACUCCUAAUAAACUGUCAAAGUAAAAAACCUGAACCUAUGAGAUCUCAUGCUGACUCGGCGAAAUCCAGCUCUUCUGAAACAGACUGCAAUGAUAACGUGCCCUCCCACAAAAAUCCUGCUCCGUCAGCGGGCAAGCAUGCUGUGAAUGGCUUUUUUCAGCAGCAAGGUGUCUAUGACUCUCCACCUUCUCGUGCUGGACAGACACUGACAGACUGCAGCCUUUAUAACCUUCCCAGGAGUUACUCGCAGGAUGUUUUACCGAAGGCAGCCUCUCCAUCUGGGACUGAGGCGGAAGGAGAGCAACAUGUUUUCAGUACCCCGUCAGCAUCAUCUUCAUUAGAUGCACAGAUGAGACACAUCUCCAUUAGCUAUGACAUUCCCCCCACGCCUGGAGGUACUUAUCAGAUUCCACGAACUUUUCCAGAGGGAACGUUGUCUCAGACUUCAAAACUGGAGACUAUUCCAGAUAUUCCUCCACCUCGGCCACCAAAACCUCACCACGCUGCAGAUCGAUCUCCUGUGGAAACAUGUAGCAUUAGUCGCACUGCUUCAGACACUGAUAGUAGUUAUUGCAUCCCCACAGCAGGAAUGCCACCCUCACGCAGUAAUACCAUUUCAACUGUAGAUUUGAAUAUCUUUCGUAAAGAAAUUAGUUCUCAAGACUGUUAUGAUAUUCCACGAACGUUUCCGAAUGACAGAUCUAAUUCAUUGGAGGGCUUCCAUAACCACUUUAAAAACAGAAGCAUGUUGACAGUGGGAAGUGUUUCAAGUGAAGAACUAGAUGAAAAUUAUGUCCCAAUGAAUCCCAACUCUCCUCCACGACAGCAUUCCAGCAGCUUCACUGAACCCAUCCAGGAAACAAACUAUGUACCAAUGACACCAGGCACAUUUGAUUUUCCGUUAUUUGGAAAGCAAGUCCCUCCUCCUGCUCACAUGGGUUUCAGGUCCAGUCCAAAGACUCCUCCCAGACGGUCAGUACCUGCUGCAGAAUGUGAGCCACCACCAGUGGAUCGGAACCUCAAGCCAGACAGAAAAGGUCAAAGUCCUAAAAUUUUAAGACCUAAACCACAUGGUUUAGAGCGAACUGAUUCACAAACCAUAGGUGACUUUACUACAAGAAGAAAGGCAAAACCAGCUCCACUAGAAAUAAAACCUCUGCCUGAAUGGGAAGAAUUGCAAGCCCCCGUUAGAUCUCCUAUCACCAGAAGCUUUGCACGAGACUCCUCCAGGUUUCCCAUGUCUCCCAGACCGGAUUCAGUUCAUAGCACAACUUCCAGCAGUGACUCGCACGACAGUGAAGAGAAUUAUGUAUCCAUGAAUCCAAAUCAGUCCACUGAAGACCCAAAUUUGUUUGGAAGCAACAGUCUUGAUGGAGGAAGCAGCCCUAUGGUAAAACCUAAAGGAGAUAAACAAGUAGAAUAUUUAGAUCUGGACCUAGAUUCAGGAAAAUCUACCCCACCUCGUAAGAAAAAGAGCAGCGGUUCAGGCAGCAGCGUGGCAGAUGAAAGAGUUGAUUAUGUUGUGGUUGACCAGCAGAAAACGCUAGCACUGAAGAGCACACGAGAGGCAUGGACUGAUGGGAGACAGUCUACAGAAUCUGAAACACCUACAAAAAGCGUGAAAUGAAAAUACUGCUUUUUCUUUAAAGAACAGAAAGAAGUGAAUUUGCAGAAUUACAGAACCACAGUGGCAGUGUUGUUCGACUGUACAGUACCUGAUUCACUGGUGUGUGAAUAGGUUCUUGAUCGAAUACGAUGGCAGCCAAAGGACACUUUGAAUAUAUCAAAGGAAUUUUAAGAUCAUAAAUUGGCUCUGUGGUCUCUGGAAAAAUUGCAACCUGUAAAUAACAUGUAAAAUAGUAUUGCUUAGCUUUCAGAAAACCUUUUGUUCUGUAGUUAACACAUUUGUAGUAUUACUAUGUUUAUGCACUUUUUCAGUUACCGUGUUGGUUCAGGUAUUCCCAGUUAGUGUACCUUAACGCCUAAUUCAUCUGGAGAAUUUUUUUUUCCUUACACUACUAUUCCUUACAAUUUUAGGUUAAUUAAGCUACAUGUAGAUACAGAAAUUAAUAUUUGAACUUCAUUUUAACAAUUUAAAAUUGAUUUUGCAGAAAUACUUCACAAUUGAAUAAUCUACUUGAAAUGCCAAGAGACGGCCAUUAGUUACAUACUUGUUUAUAUUUAAUACACGCAAGAUUAUGUGGAAGUCUACAGGUAACCUUCCUAACAAAAAUUGCUGUGAGUUAAUAAUAAUGAACUGUACUGGGUUUAGCGCUACAAUCCUGGCUUAUAUGUUAGUUGUUAGCGGUGGAACUUCUAUUGUAUUUUAUUAAUGACAGUGUUCUGUGUUCAAUGGGUGAAGAUUCUGCAGGGUGGGAUCUUACACUUUUAAAGACUGAAUAAUUAAAUAUCAAGUAAGCCUGCAAACCACUGAUGGCAUGCAGUAAUAUUGUGAUCUCACACUUAUUAACAAGAAAUAACCUUUAUAUUAUUUACAGAAGGUAGAGUAUAUAAAUCAGGUACGUACCAAGCACUAUUGUGCUAAUACACUGAUCAGGUUUAGACAAUGAGCUUUAGUUUUGUACUAUUUAGAAGUUCUAAUGUCAGUUUUCAGUUCAAGAUUAAUGGGACAGUUUGACAUUCACUGUUUGUAGUACUAGCAAAAUACUGUGAUUUUGAAUUAGACAUUAAUUCAAAUGGAAAUACUAUGUUUUGACACCAUAGUGCCCUUCUUACGAUCUCUAUUUUACUUUAAUCUCCUGCUUGGCCUUAUAUUUAAAUCCCUAUGCAACUGAUAUUUUAUAUCUCUGUUUUUAAAAAUUAGAUAAUAUACUUAAAUGAUCCCCUUGUAAACCACUUGUUGCUCUUUCCUGGUACAGGAUUUUAAGCUCUGUAUACUGUGAUCCUUUAUUUUACUAUGCCAGUUCCAAAUAAUAAUCUGCCUUGGUUUAGAAACGUUUUUUUGUUAUUUGGAAGAAGAUAGAGUUCUUUAAAUACGUGACUGAGUUAGGUCUAGAUAGAAAACUUACUAACACUUUUUUUUUUUUUUUACACAAACACCCUCAAGUAAGCGGUUGGUUUUGUUUUCCCACCCAAAUGUUUUAUUUUGUCCAGCUCAUUUAAAAGUUGAGCAUAGAGCUGUGUUGUUUUCUGGCAUGUUGGCCUUAGUACUGUGCCUAAUCUACCAUUGGUUGUUUCUCUCCCCUCACAGCCACAAUCUACAGUAUGUAAAUUAUCUUAUUCUUAACAAAGGUUCUUUUUAAAUUAGUAAUAUUUUGAUGCUUUGAAUGUUCAUUUUAAAAAAGAAACUAAACACAAUGCAUUUUGAGGUGAAUUUUAAAUAAAUCAAGUUGUUCAGUUUUGAUGUGUAAACUCUGUCCUGUGAAACAUCAAACCAAUGUUAAAGUGUCUGUGAAGGCACCAACCACGCUUCUUCAAAAUUGUAGAUUACCUCUUAGUACAUCGCAAAAAAAAAAGUACAGCUAAAACAAUUUUCAAAAUGAAUCUCUGAUUUCAAACCCUGCACCAAGCAGCUAAAUAAUCUGAAUUCCCAGUGUUCUGGGAGCCAGAAGUGACGUGAGCCAGGGGACUUUGAUGGCUCAUUCAAAAGUAGCUCAAAUUCCUAAAGAUUCUGGAGCUAUAGCUCAACUCUACUUUGACGGUCUUCCUAUCUAAUAAUAAACUGUUCUUUGCUGAUGCUACAGUUGGAGCACCCAUAGGCAUGGCGAGUACUUGGUAACUAAUGUAAUGAUAGUUUUGUUUUAGGAUGCUGGCUUUAAGCAUUUUAUCAGUGCGAUCACAGCAGUGCAUCUCCACUGCUGAGAUGCCUGUAAUUCAUUAACAGAUGUGGUUGGAUAAUCACUUUGCUGUUUAUCCUACAUAAUUGUUUCAGUGCUUGUCACUGGGGAGAAGAAUCUAUGCUGUGGACUUCUGCACUUGUGUGUGCACCCAAGGAGUAAGAUGAUCUUGGAAUAUUUCUAACUCAUGUUUCUUUAUUCUCUCAAUAGAUGGGAGAGUUUGAAGGAGAAAGUUUGGAAGAGCAGCUCAUCUUUUCCUAUCCCUAGCCCAUCUGUCCAUGAAACAUUUACCAGCUACACAACCAUGUAUUAUUUUUAAAACACUUCGGGUUCUUGUAAUCAAGCAGGGACACUUAUAUUUAGACAUCUAUACUGUUUUUUCAGAUGUUGUGAGCAUCUCUGAUAGUGAAGUAUAAAUGCCUAAAAUAAUCGGUUUCCUAAGAUGGCUUCUCUUGUUGAGCUAGUGAUACAAGGUGGUUUUGCUCCAAGUUUGCUGAUUAUCAGUCCUUGGUUUAUAGAUACACUUAUUCUUUCUUUGUUUUAAAUUUGGCAGCAUUCACAAUGUUAAUUGUUAUUAUGAUUGAGAAUCCACUCUUAAUUUCUAGGCUUUUUGCCUAACUUCUGUUAAUGAAAACAGCGGUUUUCAGCCUGUACAGACCAUAUAAUGCUAAGUAAUAGUCUGAAAUUUCUCUUUAAUUAGAUCUCUAAGCAGGUUUCUCCCCCUACUUCCAGCAAUAUAUUUUCUCUAUAUACUUGUCCAAAAUAUGUUCAGAAUCAGAGCCAUGAUACUAACUCUGGAUGAUACAUCUCAUUUUCACCUAUAAAGCUGGAGUGGGGCUUCAUGCUGCAGGUCUGUCUGAGCUCUUGAAUCGUCUAAGGAUGUGAAUAUUUAAUUGAAAAUGUGAAUCCUAGAAUUGUAGGUGUUAGAAAGAAAGCUAGGCUGAUGUUAGCCUUGUGUAACUUAGUUACCAGCUUUGUGAGAACGCCUUUAGUUAGAGGGAUGGAAACCCCAGUAGAUAUUGGUGCAGAAGUAGUUUGUGAGUGUUGUUCAUCGGGUGUUCUUUGUCAAACAGGUAAGUUUGGUUUUGUUUCACUAAAACAAUAUGUUAGUCGUGAAUAUAGUUUUCAUUGCUGUAUGUGUCAUAGAGUCAUUUUGAACUGCAAAUGUAUGUGUGUAAUAGGUCUUUUACACAACCAAAUACACAAAACCUUACUCACAAAAAUCAAAAGCAAAACUUACCACCUUGUGCACUAAGAUUGACUAAAGAUGGUUUGGUGUCACUUUAUGCUAUAAUCCGAACAACAUGUUACCUGCUAAGCACUAAUGGACACACUUUUACCCAGUGUCACGUAAUCACUGUUACCUCAUAAAGCCUAGAUGCAAACACACAGCUGUUAUGCUAAAAAUUUGUAAAGUGAUAUUGAAAAAAAUGAAACGAUAAAAAUGUGAUUGCCAGUCUUUUUUACUUUGAGGUUUGUAUCUAUGUAAAAAAAAAAAAAAAUUAACAAUCCAUUCACAUGUGGCAGUUGUGACAUAGUGCCACACGUAGGGCAUACAGACAAAUUACAGUCUUGCUGUUUUAAGUAAGUAAUUUAGAAUUCCUUGCUCCAUGUAGCUAAAUAGGGAGUGAUGGGCAGCUCUGUAGCUUUCACAUUGCACUAUGAGCUAAGCAAGAUUUUUAUCACAGUGAAAUUUAAGCUUAGCUACUGACUGCAGCAGUCAAU